UCUGGGAAGCAGUUCUCCUAAUUUGGGAAGUGUCAGCCUGGGAGGGGCGGGGGGUUGGCCGGAUUUGGUGUGCGCCUGCGCGAUCGCUGGGACAGGGUGUGUUCCUCCUCAGGGAUCCUGUUUUUGGCUGAUCCAGUUCAUCGCUUGCCACCUGAGUUUGCCCUACCGGCUCCCACGCACACCCGUCAGGUUUUGCCCUCUGUGAACAUGUCCAAGUCACUGAAGAAGCUAGUGGAGGAGAGCAGGGAGAAGAACCAGCCGGAAGUGGACAUGAGUGACAGGGGCAUCUCCAGUAUGCUGGAUGUCAACGGCUUGUUCUCCUUAGCCCAUAUCACACAACUGGUGCUCAGUCACAACAAGCUAACAACUGUGCCCCCAAACGUAGCAGAACUGAAGAACUUGGAGGUGCUCAACUUCUUCAAUAACCAGAUCGAGGAGCUGCCCACUCAGAUCAGCAGCCUUCAGAAACUCAAACACCUGAACCUGGGCAUGAACAGGCUGAACACGCUGCCUCGGGGAUUUGGCUCUCUUCCGGCCCUGGAGGUCCUGGACUUGACUUACAACAACCUGAACGAACAUUCUCUCCCUGGAAACUUCUUCUACCUCACCACCCUGCGCGCACUCUAUCUAAGCGACAACGAUUUUGAAAUCCUGCCUCCAGAUAUUGGGAAGCUCACAAAGUUGCAGAUACUCAGCCUCAGGGAUAAUGACCUGAUCUCCCUGCCUAAGGAAAUCGGGGAGCUGACCCAGCUGAAGGAGAUGCACAUUCAGGGGAACCGCCUGACCGUUCUGCCUCCGGAGCUAGGCAACUUGGAUCUAACUGGUCAGAAGCAGGUCUUCAAAGCAGAGAACAACCCCUGGGUUACCCCGAUCGCCGACCAGUUCCAGCUUGGCGUAUCCCACGUUUUCGAGUAUAUCCGUUCUGAAACAUACAAGUACCUCUAUGGAAGACACAUGCAGGCAAACCCGGAACCUCCAAAGAAGAAUAAUGAUAAAUCAAAAAAGAUCAGCCGGAAACCCCUUGCAGCCAAGAACAAGUGAGGAGCUGACACCCACGAUGGGCCCGGACCUCCUCCCUCAACUCUCUGGCUUCCUUGCUCUGUCCCACAAACAAAUACAGUGUGCUUGUGCCUACUUCUUCUACUU